AUGGUCGCAGGUGAGCCGGCUGAGCUGCCACAGCGACAACACAUCGUCCAGCGACGAGGAGGUCAAGCACCUGUGCGCCAUGUCCUUCAGGCCUGUAGAGCAGAGCGAGGGCCUCCGCGCCAAUCCCAGCCCCAUCCUGUUCAGCGCUUCCCCGCCGAAGAGACUACCACCCCUGAGCCGAAACCCCCACCCCCCUGAGCCGGAACCCCGCCUCCCGCCCCAUUCUAUUCACAAGUAUGGGGUCAACGUUCGACCAAGGAAUGCCCUGCAAGAGGCACAGACAAGGCUUUGGAGACAAGUACAGCCGACCCAGCCUGGACCUGGAGAAGAUGCAACAGAAAAUGCUGCUAAAGAAGAAUUGUGGAUCAAAGACUAG